GUAUACCAUUCUCAGGUAGUGUGAACUACAGUUCCCAGAAUGCCCGUGUCCAGUGUCCUGUAGCGCUCGUGUGCAGGUUCAUUUGGCUGGUCUCCCAGCUCGCCUCACAGCAGCGGAGCCGUGUUUCAUUCACAGUUUGCUGCGGAAGGGACGGCCUUGGAAAAAGCACAAACAACAGCUAAAGUGGAAAAUCUUAUAUACAAAAAAAAAACCAAAAAACACUCAGGUAACCGAAAAUGAACACGGUACUGGGUAUGUGCGUGUAAUUAGAAAUAAGUCGAUUCAUUUACGUGUUUUCGUGGAAGGAAACUUCCGAAGGGAUUUUAAAUUGCAGGAUGUUGGGAUGAGACAAAGGCUCGGGAGUUCUGGGUUCUGAGAAUAAAGCCAGGGUUUAAAAGUCCGUCCCUUCCGCUGUGGCUGAAUGGGAAGAAUGGAAAUGGAAGAGCAAUGGUGGAAGGGCCAGCUCGCUGCAGACAUCCAUCAGGCUCUUCGCAUUAAGGAGCUGAAGCUGCCUGCUUUCCGGGCCCAUUCACCGCAGAUUGGCAUGCGCCGCUAUUUUGCUGACCUCUUGGCUAUUCUCAGCAAUCGCUACCAGCUCUGCCCCACGGCACGCCACCUUGCUGUCUAUCUGCUGGACCUCUUCAUGGAUCACUAUGACGUUGCUGUCAAACAGCUCUAUGUCAUUGCGCUGUCCUGCCUGCUACUGGCCAGCAAAUUUGAAGAGAAGGAAGACCGAGUCCCCAAACUGGAGCAGCUGAACAACCUGAGCUUCAUGUGCACCCUGAACUUGGUGUUGAACAAGAAAGACUUGAUCAAGAUGGAGGUGCUGCUCCUGGAGACCUUCAACUGGAACCUGUGCAUGCCGACGGCUGCCCACUUCAUCGACUACUACCUCUACGCCUCUGUCCAGGAGAACGACCUGCACAACGGCUGGCCACUCACCUCCAUCACCAAAACCAAAGCCUUCAUUGAGAAAUACACACACUACUUUCUAGAAGUGUCUUUGCAGGAUCACUCCUUCCUUAGUUUCCGCCCAUCUCAGGUAGCCGCAGCCUGCAUAGCGGCAUCGCGGAUCUGUCUGCAGAUCUCUCCCAGCUGGACCACACCGCUGCACCUGCUCACGGGGUACACCUGGGACCACCUUACCCAGUGCAUCGAACUCAUGCUCAUGGCCCAUGACAAUGAUGUCAAAGAAGCAAACAAGACCAAAACCCAGCAGCCAAGUAUCCAGCAGCAGCAGCAGCUGCCAGUAGCAGUCCAAAGGCACCAUCAGUCAACGUCUACUCAACCACUCCUCUUCACACCAGCCAGCUACACGCACCUUUCCCAGCACUCCACACCUCUCUCCCAGCUACACACUCUAGCCGAGGCCCAGGUUUUGGCACCAGUCGUUCCUCGGGAUUACCUGCAAGCUCACCGUGCCACCCUGCUGUCUGGCAGUGCCAGUGCCAGCAACUGCACCUUCCACUCCUACCCCAGCCUUCCGUCCAGCCUCCAGCCUGCUGUCAGGACCCUGCCAAUCCAGGGGCCCAUUUCCAUGCAGGUCACCAUUGCGACAGAGCCACGCCACUGCUUGUCUGUCGCCUACGGCAACAGCUAUCUCAAUGGACACCAUUCCUUUGCAGCGGGAUGUUUUGAUAGGUGACAAAGUGGGAGACAAAAAAAGAAAUCUCUCUGUGGAAAUUUAAAUAAUGCUGCCAUAUUGUAAAACAUUAUAACAAAAAUAAGCCAUUAAUAAAAUGUCAGAGAAAAAAGACAUGGGACCAGGGCAAGACCUGCUGGAAUCAAAAGGUUUUCUUUUUCACACCUUCAAGCUAAGCGUUGGAAUAGUGGGGUUUGUUAAGCAUUUUCAACAUUUUAUACUGAAACUUAAGCACUCAUUCAGUCACUUUCACACAAGCUCCUAGCAGCCCGCUUGUGAAAUAGGUCUGUUACUUCAAGCAUUUGCCGGCCAUGCAGAUUACUAAAGCACAUAGUAUUUAAAAUUCAAUCUGGCAUGUGAUUUUAAUUUAGUUAUUAAGAAAGGUGGUCUGCAAGGCAAAUAAGUCAGAGGUAUAGAUGCUGCAGCAUCGGGUGCUAAUGCAACGCUAGACUAUUCCACUCUGCUUUCCUCUGUGGCUUUGAGUAGAAAGCAUUAAGCUUUUUCUAGGAAGUGGUGGGUAAUUGAAUCCAUUUUUAAUGCUAGACCUCCUGCCAGUAAACCCUAGUGGUUAAAUGCAAUCAUAUGCGUUUCUUACCUCGGCCCAACUGGGGGCUAGAUGAAGCUUUAUUUGAUUUAUUCCAGAGAGCAGAUUAUUCGCGAAGUCAGAAUGACUCUGUUACGUUAAUCAGGGCUAUAGUGCAUCCACUUUAAACAAAACAUAAAUCUGGAAGGGGGAAGUGUUGCAGCCAGCCAUUGGCACCUGGAACUGAACAGCUGUGUUAAUAUCAUCUCACAUUCCUGCUUCCCUCCAGCACUGCCAUGUGUGUUUAUAUGUCUUUACCGACUAUGUCUCUCUCUCUCUCUCUCUCUCUCUCUCUCUCUCUCUCUCUCUCUCUCUCUCUCCCCCCCUCCAAUUAACUGAAGCUUGAGGUUUCUUGAGUGCCUUUUGAGUAGUGAGUGAGUAGAACUCCUCCAGCACCAUCCAAGACCAGGAGCUGUUUUGAUUCUAACCAGUAAGAAGUCUAGGCAAAUACAGUAAUUGCCUACGGCGAGCCGUCGAUUGUGUGCUUCGUAAUAAAUAGCUGAAAAAGUUAUAAAAUACCUCCUUUUCCUUUUUAUGUUGCUCUAAUAGUGUACAUUUAUUUGUAAUUCUGGUUCCAUCUGAAGUGUUCCAAUGAGAAUUUCAAAGAAGCUCUUGGGGUGGGGUGGGGUGAAGGUGGAGUGUGCUUGGAGUCGAGAUGACACUGGGUGUUCAUUUUCAGUCCGUUCAGUUAACUAAACAUUUUUGUAUGCAGUAUUAACCUGUGGACCGAUGUGACAUUGGAAGCCAAUAUUUUGAUAUCUAAAGUCCUUUCCUCUUUCAUCAUCUUUUGGAUUACUGUCAAGAAUAUUUAAGCACGAGAGCCUCAGACACAAACCAGCGAAGGAGUCUUGUGACUCCAGUUGAAAAAAAAAAAAAUACAAAAAGGGGUUUGAAGUCCAUUCAAUGUAAUGUCUUAAGGACUGUGAAAAAGCUGUUUUUUAAAAAAAAAAAAAAAAACAACAAAAAAACACUUUUUCAAGCUGCUGCCUUACAAGACUGAACAAUUUUAUAUUACUGUGACAUUUUUUCAACUAGUAUUGUUUACAUGAACUGUGCUGUAUCAGGGACUAACUGAUUACUUGAAGAUGAUGCCAUUGAACUUAGCUGUUUUAUUUAUAAUGUUUCGUUAUGUAUUUUUUCCCCCUUAGUAUAGUUAUAUUGCUCUGUAAACAAUAUCUAAAAUGAAUUAUUGGGUUUUUGUUUUUUCUCCUUGAUUCUGAUUUUAAAGCAAGCCAGGCCUUUUUAAAAAGCUCAAUAUGGAAUAGAGACAAGGCUGUAAAUCCGGCUAAAAAUGAAAUAAAAAAAACAGGUUCGCAAUUGACAUUGGGCUGUACUUUCACAUUCAAGGAUAGGCAGGAACUAAAAGUGAGCAUGAUUGUCUAUCCUUGAAGUAAUUGUAUUUUCCUGAAAUGUUUUCAGUAUGACGUAAGCCCGGCCUUGUUCCUAUAUGAAAUACAGAGCCUAUGAAGGCCAUCCUUUUACACAUUUGACCAAGUGAUGUGGGAUGUCACACCACCUGCCAUAUCAAACUACUUUAUAUGUUAAAUGGUAUAGUGUAGGCUGUGACAUACUUUACAAAAAACCUGAAGCUGGUCCAAAAAAAAAAAUUAAAAUAGAAACGGUGUGAUAAGAGGAUCUAUGUAUAUUUCAUUUUAUAAAAUGGAAAAAUCCAACCUACCAAAUGAUCCUGUUGUAAUGCAUCUAAUCCUCAAUAUCUGUGUGCAUGUUUGAAGUGUUUGCUUUAAAGCAUUCUUAAUUUAGUAUAAGCACAACUUUUAAAUGUUCAGACUGCAACUGUGUUACAGUGAAUACCAACCCUCACAGAAUGGAGCGUUACAGUGAAUACCAUCCCUCACAGAAGGGAGUGUUGCAGUGCAAUAAGCUUUUCUUUCUGUUUUACUUCCAACAGCUUGUUCCCAUUUUGAUGUUCAUUUUAUACCACUAAUUCCUUUAAUUUAUUCUAGUCAGUUGUGAGAUUGUUUUUUUAAGGGUUUUAAUGCGACAGAUCAUUUUGUUAGUUUUAGUCUACAGUCUUUUUUUUUUUUUUUUUUUUUUUUUUUUUUUAAAAAGCCACGAAAAUGUUGCAUAUUGCAACCUAUUGUCAAACUGUAUCACAAAUGUUUGACACAAGUAAAAAUCUGUAGUGUAAAAUAUAUAUGCAGGGGUUGAAACUUAUACCAACAUUUUUAUUUAAAUCACUUGUGGCACAUUGUCAGUAUGAAUGAAAUUAUUAAUUUCAAAGAAAAAUUAAAAGAAGAAAAAGGCAGGGCCCCCAUACUCUUACUAACAGUGCAUCAGAAUAAAUAAUAAAACAAUUUGGAGUAUUUUGCAAAAGGAAAAAAAGCUCUCCCCGUUUCAUUCAGGUCAGGACUUGCUGAAUAAGUUAUUGUUAGAGAAGCUAGAUUGUAAUGCAGCUAUCACUUACUACUGUACCGCUGCAAACUGGACUACUAAUGUGAAAUGUGCGUUUUUCAAAUGGCACACAAUCUGAAUUAUUAAAGCUCAUAGUUGCCCCUUUGGUAUCUUUGCGUAGCUGGUAAGCAAACCAAUCAAAUUUGAUUCUAUAGAAGGUAAAUGGAGUGUGGAGUAUUGGAAACUCAUAAACGUGUAGAUCUGACACUGUGGGAGUAUUGCAAACCCAUAACCCUGUUGAUCCGACACUGGGAGUACUGGAAACCCAUAAACCUGUAGAUCGGACACUGCAAACCAAACAAUUGUUUAACUUCUGGUUUACAGGGGAAGAAACUGCAUGGAUAAAUACUUUAUAUCAAUAGUCAGUGACCACUUUAAUGUAAAAUGUAUGAAAGUCAGAACUGGAGGGAUUGUAUGUAAUAUAUAAGGCUAUUGCUUUCUCUGGAUUUGGGUCCUUGCUGUUAUUUUUAACAAACACAAAAUGGAAUCUAAAUGAUUCGGAUUCCUAAGAUCUACGCUUGCUUCGUCCGUCUCAGUUACGGCUUGGUGUGCGAGGUGCAAUGAGAAAUGUACAUGUGUGUUAAAUUAAUAUUGGUUAUACUUCUGCAUCCGGAUAAAGAAGCAAACGCUAUGUUCAGUGGCCUUUAAACCUGCGAUGUACAAUUUCUGCUUUUGGCAUUCGAUUCAUUAUGUAAACAGAAUAAGGGUCUUUCUUGUAUUCAUUUCAGAAUAAGCCAGUCUUCUAUGCUGCUGUCCUUUGCAUAAUCCCCCCACUGCACUGUUAGUUAUGCAGUAUAAAAUCCCCUGGUAGGAUGUUGGUCAUUAAUGACUCAAUGGGGCACUGCUCAAUGCACUCUUAUUACUGUGACUAAUAAUGCGCCUGUUACAUUUGCAAGUCACUGCUGUAUUUGUGUGGCUCCUUUAAUUUCAAGCCCUCUGUACCCCCUGUGUUCGCUGAAUGAUUUUAUUCAGUGUUCAUUAGAAAUGUACAAGGCACUGCCAUGUCAGACCAUUUUUUAUACCAGUGUAGCAAACUGAAAUAUUUAGAAACUGUUCUGUUUUUUUAUUUUUUUUGUAAUAAUAAUAAAAAAAUCUUUUUGUA